UCUAUUCUCCCUUCUUCUCUUUUCUCUGCAUCUUCUACUAUUUUACUUUGGAAUUGCUUACUCAAGGGGAUAUUACAACACGUUAUCAGCACGAGUCUCUAGCCAAUUGAGUGAACACGGAGAUAGACCAUAAGAAAAAAUCGUGUUUUUCUUGCAAGUUUGAAUAUGUCUGAUAUCAACAAAAGAGAAUUCACCGAGCUUGCUCUUGAUGGUGCUAACUAUUUGACUUGGGCUUUGGAUGUUGAAAUAUACCUCGCCUCAUGUGAUCUGAGCGACGCUAUAGUUCCAGAUUCUUCAUGUAGCUCCGCCCAGAAGGCGAAAGCUUUGAUUUUCUUGCAUCAUCAUCUGAAUAAGGACUUCAAAAAUGAGUACCUUACUGAAAAGGAUCCUGCUGUCCUAUGGCAAUCCCUGAAGGAUCGCUUUGAUCAACAAAAGGCCAUUAUUCUCCCUCAGGCACAAUAUGAUUGGCUAAAUUUACGCUUUCAGGAUUUCAAGUCCGUGAUUGAGUACAAUUCUACCUUGCACCGUAUUGUGUCACAGCUGAAACUCUGUAAGCAAGAAGUUACAGAGAUUGAUUUGAUAGAGAAGACUCUAUCUACUUUUCAUUCCAGUAACCUUGUACUCCAGCAGCAGUACAGAGCCAAGAAUUAUACUAGGCAUUCUGAACUCAUUUCUGCUUUACUUGUAGCAGAGAAACAUAAUCAGCUUUUGAUGAGAAACCACAAUGCAAGACCAGUUGGUUCACAAGCAGUGCCUGAAGCACAUGCUACCACUUAUACAGGUGGUCGAGGGAGAGGCCGAGGAAAAGCAAAUUGGUCCCAACGUGGUGGACGAGGUUGGUCCCAUAGAGGAGGUCGAGGUCGAGGUAGAGGUCGAGGUCGUGGAUACAAUCAUAUUGCUAGAUUCCAAAGUCAUGGAAAAGGAUCUCAUAAGACAUCGCAUCCACAAGAAGCAAGUACAUCUCAGCAAACUCCAGAAACACAACAAACUUGUUACAGGUGUGGGUGCGAUGGUCAUUGGAGUCGUACAUGUCGCACCGCCAAGCACCUCGUUGAAGCAUAUCAAAUGUUGCAAAAGAACAAGAAAGGCAAGAAAAUUCGAAGUGAAAUACAUCAUGCCAGUUUGCCUGAAGCAAACUUGGAGUUUAAUGCCGAUGAUGAUGAUUUAACGCAACUUGAUCUUGAAGAUUAUGGAGAUCAAAAGUAAUUUGAUUUGUUGGACUAUUCAGACAUUUUAGGAUUUUAUUUAUGGUUCAUGUUUUAUUUGCAAACUGUUAGUAAUUUAGUUUGUUUUUGUGUGUUUGCAAUACUUCAAAUUCUAUUAUUAUUGUGACCUAUUUGC